UGGGCGUUCGCGGACGACAACGUGCAGGCGCUGUGCGAGUCGCUCUCGCUCGACGACCGCCACACGUUCGACUUUAACGUGCGCAACAUCGACUGGGACGCGUACAUCGAGUCCUACGUGCUCGGCAUAAGGAGGUUCCUCUUCAAGGAGAGUCCAGACACGCUCGGCAAGUCUAGAGCGCUUUUGCGAAGAUUACACAUAGUCCACAUCGUGACCCAAAUCGCGGUCGUGUUCUUCGUAUGGAGAUUCCUAUUCUACCGUUCGAACAUGCUUCGCAAGUUAUGGCGGAGUAUCAUAGACAUGCUGACCAGAGCGGCGCGCCUACUGGCCAUCGCCUGAUGCAAGAUGACAUUAUCAACGCUUCCGCAGCCAUAACUGGACGUACGGCCGGGGUCAUUGCAACAGGCGCUGGUGAUGGUGCGGUGAUGGGCGGUGACGGUGUUCACGGGUUUGUUGAUGGUGUACAUGAUGGUUACGUUACAAGUGAAGUUUGAGCUUCAUAUUGUGAAAUGAUAGAUGAUUAUGUUUGAGGUUAAUUGGUACAUGUUGAAACUAGAUCUUUUUGGAAGGGUUAAUAUUGAUUAAGGGCAGUGUUGAACUUAAAUAUUUCUGAAAUAACUUUCGAUGUUCAGACGAAUAAUUAUUUUUCACUUUUGGGUUUAGACAAUUCAAUCAUAAAUAAAGUUCCCACAUAAGAUUAUAUAGUGGAAAAUCAGUAA